AUGUGCGAUCGAAUACAAACUUGCGUCAGUGAUUCCAUUGAUCUGAAGACCCAAUCCACCGUGCGGCCUACAAGAGCUAGCCGUCACGGUGUUGAUAUUAUGCAGGUUGUCGCUCUCGCUGGAGCCUGCGAUGAAGUUCAAUCAAUCAUGAAGAGCAUUGCUUAG